AUGGCCGUCGCUGACACUGCGGCUGACAGCAACAUGGUGGUGACACUGAAGAUCGAGAAGAGUCCGUUGAUGGUGAGUUACCAGCUGAGUUACGAGAAGGACGUGGUAGGGGGCGUGUCUGAGGACGUGUUCGAUUAUUCAUGGGCUAGCGCGGUGGGUGGUGGAUCGCACGCGUUCGAAGACGCUCCGGAUUUUGACCCUACCCGAUGCGACCGUCCGAGUGAAGGGUUGGCUGAUUUGUUGAGCAGCAGCACGCCACCGGAGACGCGAAGUUUGCUCAAAGGCGGACGGGUUUGCGGCUGCACUGACACGGGAUGGGGAUCUUCGCACUAUACAGGAACGCAGCGUUCGGACCUCAACUGUAAUGCUUGGCCGGCGGUGUUCCGACCCAGCAGUACCCUCUGGGCCAGUCGCCAUUGCCCCCGUCUCGCCGGUCCCCUUUAUGAAGCCUACGCCAUCCGAGAUUGGAAAUGGGACUACGAACUCAAAGUCACCAUGGCUUGGACCGCCGGCGAUGGACAACCUAAGGAACGCGUCUACCUCCUCGACUGGGCGAAGCCUGAGGCCCGAGAUGAUGAACUGGACUUCCACUUUAAAAUUAUCUUUAGCCUGCCCAAAUUCGGCAACCAACCACCAGACCUUCACGCCACGCACUACUUACUCGUGCCCAAGAACGCCACAGCACUCGACGACCUUAACGACGUCGGCAGCGAGCUGGAGGAGGCAUGGCGCCAGACUUCUCGGCGCCACAAGGACAUGGUGGUUACUCGUAUGACGGAGGCGGAGCGAUUGCUGGACGCAAAACGGCAACGAAGUUUGUUGGUGCCGAAGGAACGCGUGGAUCUGAGCGGUCGUUCUUGCGAUAAAGUUGGAGUGUCACUCUUGACCUGGGCGCACGAGGUGGUGGGGGUGGAUUACCGCGAGCCGUCGUGGGUGGGUAAGCCGGACUUUUGUGGGACCAAGGCGGGUACCUGCACACAUCUGCAACCCAAUGACCUGCUGGCUGCCGACCGGCAACUCGUCCGAGAGAACAAACCCCCCUCCUACCUCCUCGAGUACCAGACGCUUGACGGCUGGUCCGCCGUUGGUCCCUAUCUUCUCUCAGAUCGCAAACUGCUGCAGUCGACCGGCCAAAUUGCUGCGUCCGGUGACAAGAUACUCCAAGCUGCAACUCCGCGCAUGGCGUCCGUGGUGGCGUGGCCCACGUCGCAGCAGCAUAGCACGCAGUUGGAGGUGUCAUUGAACUCAACGGACAUUGCCUGGUUACCUGCGGUGGCUGUCGGCGAAAUCGAUGACCUGCUGGUCCACGUACAGAAACCAGGUACCGUCACUCAAGUUUUAGCCGUGGUCCGAAAUAAAGAGGACUACGAUGCCAAGUUUACUCUCUCCAUGCCCGAGUGUACCCUUUCCCAAGAAGCCGCCUCCGACGGCGCGCCCCUGCACCAGGUCCUCGGCCCCGCCCGAGUCGGAGAAUCUACUCAGGGCAAGUCCGAGUUGGGGUCGGACUUGGACUCAGGGCCGACUCUAGGAUCAGAGUCUGAGUCGACCCUAGCCCUAGGGUCAGAGUCGGAGGCGCUGGUGAGUACGGGAGGGUCGCCGUUGGUGUUGCGCGCAAGUCCCGUUAGUAAGACGUUGAAGGGACCCAAGGCGGAAGUGAUGGUCCUCACAUUGGAGCGGCUCACGGGGCACUCAUACGCCGUGUACUCUUGUGCUCUCUCGCUGCUCAACAGCCAGGGAAGCGUGCUCACUUCGCGCACAGUAGAUGUCGAAUUCAGUGCACGCGAAGCACCCGUGGCCGCACUCGAGAAACCUCUAGACUCUCACAACAACGUCACCAACUACCGCGUUCAUCCCGGCAGCCUGGAUGCACUGCCUUACGACACACACACCUAUCUUGUCGGCGGUUGGCUCGCCGGCUACAGCCAACCCCCCGGCGCCACCGAGUGUAAUUGCGAGCUUUGGAACCUCUGGUGCUACGCUGCCAACAGUCAGUCCCCACCCUUCAACCCCACCCCCCUACCCCACUUCCGUAUACCACCCCUACCCCACUUCCGUAUACCACCCCUACCCCACUUCCGUAUACCACCCCUACCCCAUUUCCGUAUACCCCUACCCCGCAAACGCCGGCCCUGUUAG